UGCAUCUGAUGGAUUAUUGUCGCCAUUUUGAGUUGUAGGCAUUUAUGAGAACAUGAGUAAAAGUAAUCUGGUCAUGGACGAGCGUUGGGCCCAGGAUGUGUUACGGUGUCAUCUCUGUAAGACCCCGGGCCCUCCCAUGUACUGUGACAUUUGUCACAUACAUCUGUGUAAAGCCUAUAGAUGUGUGGGGGAACAUCUCUCAGAUCUAUCCAAAGAACACAGAGUUCUGCUAUUUGAAAAGAGAGGAUCUAUUCCUAAAUGCCCAAAACAUUCCUCAAACAUUAGUGUACUUUACUGUGAACAAUGUGAUAUUCCUAUUUGUACAACAUGUGUCUUCUCUAAAAAACACAGGGGCCAUAAAUUAAUUGAAAUAACUAAAAUCAUCGACAGCAAGAAAGAAAAUAUUCAAGAAGAUUUACAAGAACUCGAGAAAACUAUUUAUCCUAAAUACCAAGAGAUUGCAUCCAGUAUACCAGUUCAGAAAUCUGCUCUGAAUGAAAACUCACAGGAAUUGACAACAGAAAUUGACAAACAUGGAGAAAACUUGCACAGAGAAAUAAAUACCAUUAUUAGAAACAUGAAAUCUAACGUGGAGGAAAUGGACACCAAACACCUGGCUGUCUUAGACAAACAGGAAGAUGAAAUUAAACACACAAUUUUUGAAAUCACACAGAGUAUUGCUGAUCUAAAGAAGUUACUGGCUUCCAAUGAUGUCAUCCGUGUUUCAGCUUAUAAAUCCAGGAAUGCAGAAUUCAAAAGAUUGCCUCCUAAACUAAUAGUGUCCUUACCAAGUUUUACCCCUCAGAAGAUCAACAAAGAACAGCUUUAUCAACAGUUUGGUUCUCUGUCAGCGUUAUCUAUCAAAACAGAAGAGCAUGACUACACCACGGAAUCUCCUGGUGCUGAAUCUUCUCCCCUGGACAGACCGCUCAUUGAUGUACCACGGAUCAUCUCACAGAUAAACACAGAGUAUAGAGGAUUACGAAGCGUGUUUUGUCUGAGUGAUGAGGAGGUGUGGACAUGUGGAAAGGACAAAAUUAUGAGACUAUACAACCUGCGGGGGGAACUAUUGAAGUCAGUCCAAACCAAGUUAGGGAAGGAUCCAUCAGACAUAACAGUGACAAGGAGUGGGGAUUUAGUUUAUACUGAUUACAAAAAUAGAACUGUGAACAUAGUGAAGAAUACACAGAUACAGACAGUGAUCAACCUACUGGGGUGGAGACCUCUCAAUGUCUGCAGUACCUCCUCUGGUGAACUCCUGGUUGUCGUGGACAGUGAUGAUAAUAAACAAACAAAAGUUGUGCGUUACUCUGGCUCCACAGAGAAACAAAGUAUUCAGUACGACGACAAAGGACGACCUCUCUAUUCAUCUGGUGACAUUAAAUACAUCAGUGAGAACAGGAACCUAGAUAUCUGUCUGUCAAGCCAUGGAGCCGGUGCAGUAGUGGUGGUCAAUCAGGCUGGGAAACUCAGGUUUACCUAUACUGGUCCUCCCUCUACUACCAAGGGAUCAUUUAUUCCAUGCGGCAUUACAACAGAUAGCAAUGGUCGGAUCCUGACAGCAGACUGGGAUAAUAACUGUAUCCACAUCCUGGAUCAGGACGGACAGUUCCUCCGCUUCAUUGACAACUUUCAUUUAAAGAAUCCACGGGGUUUAUGUGUGGACACCAGAGACAACCUCUUUGUGGCCGAAUACAACACAGGUAAAGUGAAGAGAAUACAAUAUGUCUAGAACAUUACACAGCACUGUAACAUUGUUUACUUGUAUUGUGCGUUGACAAACUGACUGUGU